UUGAAAUCUUUUUUGUUUGCACGCACUUCCUCAACGAUAAAAAGCUUACCAAUCAUACCUUUCAAAAGCCCCGCCACCUUCUUCCUCCUCCACAUAGAAAGAAAGAAAGAAAAAUAACUUUGUUAAAGGCUUCCCUUUUCACUUCAAAUGAAAAUCCCAGCUUCAUCUCCUCAGGACACGACGACCAACAACAACAGCACUGAUAGUAAUCACUUAUCCAUGGACGAACAUGUCAUGCGUUCCAUGGAUUGGGAUUCCAUCAUGAAAGAAUUGGAGCUUGACGAUGAUUCUGCUCCUAACUCUCUUAAAACCAGUUUUCCCACCUCCACCACCGACUCUACUAUCUUGCCUCUCUACGCCGUCGAUUCCAAUCUCCCUGGCUUUCCCGAUCAGAUUCAACCGUCGGAUUUCGAGUCAUCGACCGAUGUUUACCCCGGUCAGAACCAAGCGACCGGCUACGGUUUCAAUUCUCUCGACAGCGUCGACAAUGGAGGAUUUGAUUUCAUUGAGGAUCUUAUCCGCGUCGUGGACUGUGUUGAGUCGGACGAGUUACAGCUCGCUCAGGUUGUUUUAUCACGUCUCAAUCAACGUCUGAGAUCUCCCGCGGGUAGGCCGUUACAGAGAGCUGCGUUUUACUUCAAGGAAGCUCUCGGUUCUCUUUUAACCGGAAAUAACCGGACUCCUAUCCGCUUAUCUUCUUGGUCCGAGAUCGUUCAGAGGAUCAGGGCCAUUAAGGAAUAUUCCGGGAUUUCUCCGAUCCCUCUCUUCUCUCAUUUCACGGCGAACCAAGCCAUCCUCGAUUCCUUGAGCUCUCAGUCGUCUUCUCCGUUCGUCCACGUGGUUGACUUCGAGAUUGGAUUCGGUGGCCAAUACGCAUCGCUCAUGAGAGAGAUCGCCGAGAAAUCUGUCAGCGGAGGGUUUUUAAGAGUUACGGCGGUGGUAGCGGAGGAGUGCGCCGUCGAGACGAGGCUUGUUAAAGAAAACUUAACUCAAUUCGCGGCGGAGAUGAAGAUUCGUUUCCAGAUCGAGUUCGUUCUGUUGAAGACUUUUGAGAUGUUAUCGUUCAAAGCUAUUAGGUUCGUCGAGGGAGAGAGAACCGUCGUUUUGAUUUCUCCGGCGAUAUUUCGCCGUUUGAGUGGAAUCGCCGAUUUCGUGAACAAUUUACGGAGAGUAUCACCCAAGGUCGUCGUAUUCGUCGAUAGUGAAGGAUGGACGGAGAUCGCCGGAUCUGGAUCAUUCCGCCGAGAGUUUGUUAGCGCUCUUGAGUUUUACACGAUGGUAUUGGAGUCGCUCGACGCCGCAGCUCCUCCCGGGGAUUUGGUGAAGAAGAUAGUGGAAGCGUUCGUUCUGCGUCCCAAAAUCUCUGCGGCGGUGGAGACGGCGGCUGAUAGGAGAAACACCGGUGAUAUGACUUGGAGGGAAGCUUUCUGCGCCGCCGGGAUGAGGCCGAUCCAGCUAAGCCAGUUUGCCGAUUUCCAAGCAGAGUGUUUACUGGAGAAGGCGCAGGUUAGAGGAUUCCACGUGGCGAAACGACAAGGAGAAUUGGUGCUGUGCUGGCAUGGAAGAGCACUUGUUGCCACAUCAGCUUGGCGGUUUUAGAUAAACCGGGUUUGGUUUUACAACGAAAUAGAAAAUAGAAAUUGUAUCUACCGCCUUUAAUAUUUUUUUUUGGUGUUUUUUUAUCUUUUUAA